AUGGCCAGCAAUAACGUUGACGACUACGCCAACGAGGACUAUGCUGAUGAGGACUACGCCGACGAGAACUAUGCUGACGAAGAUUACGCCGACGAGCACCAUGCUGACGAGGGCUAUGCUGACGAGGACUACCUUGACAACAAUCAUGCCGACAACCACUAUGCUAAUAACGACUAUACUGACGACCACUAUCCUGAUGACCAUUAUGCUGACGGGAGCUUUGUUGACGAUGGCACCGGCCACAACGGCACCGCAGGCAACGGCAUUACUGGCAAUAAUCCUACAGUCAACCAUACUGUAGCCAAUGACACUAUAGCCAGAAGCACCACAGGCAACACCAUUACGGCUAAUGGCACUGGAGGCAACAAUGUUUUACCCAACCACACUAUAUCCAUCCAUCCUACCGGCCCUAUAUCCAGCCUACUGCCCCCUAGCCACACUAUAAACAAAGUCCCCACAGGCAAUGGCACUACAAGCAAUGGCACCACAGGCAACGGCACUACUGGGCACAAUGCUCCCAUUGAUCCGCACUAUUACCCCCAGAGCGGGCCUGCGUCGUCAUUUGCUCAUUUUGAUGACCAUAUCUGUUCUUUUAAUGAUCUGUGGAAUACGUUUCAGCCCGUCAUACAGAAGGCUAACACUGGACACGGUAACGCUGACUAUGCCGGCAUGGUGAGUACAACCUCUGUCGGAUCACAUCCAGGAGCAGUUGCCAAAAAGGAUGGCUCGAAUACGUGUGUUUAA